GUCGGACAUCAAAACGGUGAGUCUAUAUUUGACCCCGGAUACAUUUGUCUCGAAGUCCACGAUUGUUGUGACUUUUGUCGAGAUCUUUUUUUUAUAACAACUAAAAUUACGCUGAGUUUAGCAACCGCGUAAUUAAUUAAGGACAAUUAUUUAAAACUGCAGCUGGAAAAGAUCCGACAAACAUCAGCGACUGGCAUCAGGAAGUACGAGCGGCGUCCUUUCAUCUCAUGGCGUCAUCAUCGACUCCUGGAACUUCUUCGGACAGGUCGGAACGAGAGGAAGCGGAGAAUUUGAAGGUGUUGGGAGCGGUAGGACCAAACCACACGCGUAAUCGCAAAAGAAAAUUAAGAAGAUGGUUGUUGGAGACCGCGAUUGAACUUGGCGAGCGACCAGCGCCUCCUGUAAAGAGAAGAAAAUUGCGUUCGGCGGUUGUUGUCCCCACAAGUUCUACUUUGACAUCCUCAACCGUGUCUGUCCUUGAACCAAGUCCCCUAGUUGAGUCCAAUCCUCCUGCUGAUCCUAAGGAGCAAGAUGUUCCUACAGAAGCUUCUAUAAACCUAGAACCAUCAAACUCUGAUACCGAUUGGUCAUUGGUAAAUGAUUUGGCAGCCGUUAGUAUUUGGGAUGGUAUAGCUAAACCCUAUAUUUCUGACGAUCCUUACGAGUUUUAUGAUCCAGCUAAGGAUCGCGUUAGUAAGAAAAAACGUCGUAAAGAUCGUAAGAGGAUGGAACCUGUCUGGGAGUUGAUGGAGGAGUUUCGUCCGGAAGAACCGGAGCCUUUUUUUCUUUCAUACGUGGCUCGUUCACCUGGUUUGUCACAUGACCUAAUUCCACCAGAACAACCUGACCUCCUUCGUGCCAAACCACCUUCUAACUUGUUAUCCGACUAUAAGAUCCCCAAGAUCAACCGUUUCCGGUUACCAUCUUCAGUAAUAUCUCAUACUGAGUUAAAAGAUGAAAAAUGUUGUGAUGGAGACACUAAGAUUCAUUGA